GUGGCUGUGCAGCGAGGCGACUCUUGCUUCCUUUACAGUAAUUUUCUUGUAAUUAUUUUAUUCGAGCUUUUGAAUCUCAGUGCGAAUGACAGUCAGUGAGGGACAGAGGCACGUUUCAUGUAGUGUAAGCCAUCGAAGAAUCGACUCCAUGGAGGUCGUGGACAGCCCGCUCAACCUUGCUCACCAGCAGUGCAGACAGGCCGACCGUUUGGUAGCUGCUGGGAAGUAUGAAGAGGCCAUCUCCUGCCAUGGAAAAGCAGCAGAUUUUCUGACUGAGGCAAUGAAGGCACCCGCGUGUGAGCAGGCUCGUUUGUCCAUGGAGCUACAGAGGGACAGUCACAUUAAACAGCAACGAUUAAUCCAAGAGCGCUGGAAGAGAGAAGCUCGGCGAGAGGCGGUUAAGACACGACUUGGCCUAGUGCAGGCUACCGGGCCAGGGUUCUUUUCAAAAUCUCCGUCCACAGGCAGCAGCCGGCCCUAUGCCUCUCCAGGCGCCUCAGCUGCAGAGCUUGGAAGCGUUGGGGAGAGGGAGUAUGACACCUUACUAUACCAGCUUCAGACUCGGCAGACUGGAGGAACACAGAUUUUAACUCCAAUGUGUUCGGGAUCUAAAACCACCAAAGAUGACAAAACUCGCCUGGAAGAACAACAGACGACCAUCGAGAACUUGCGACUCCUGGUUGACGGCCUGACGAACGAAAACCAGCAGCUGAGAGCCGAGAACGAGCGGCUACGACUGGAAAACAUGAGGCUGCACUCGGAGGCAGCCGACUUUGUGGAGCGCUCCGAGCUCUGGGUGCUCCCACAAGCAGGUGGUCCUAUGGGAACCGGAGUUGGACAGGGAGGGGAGAGCAAAAGGAAGGGAAAGGAGAUUGCAAUCCCUCAGCUGCCACCGUUGGAAAUGCCAGCUCAGGAAGACCUGUGUCUGGAUGACCUGCCUCCUCUGGAGCUGCCAGAGGACAUCCAGAAUGAACUGCAGGAGCUACUAGACAGGGAUAAGCUGUAAUAAAACACAUCACACACACACAUACACACAGAUACGACUUUGAGUUCAGAUGCCAAAAUGUUAUACGGUGAAAGCUGCCGGCUCUGACCCACGAGGCCUCUGCUCAGGUGGAAUCGGACUACAGAAAGUCAGACACCAGUCAGUCUUUAUGCAACUGGAGCAACAAACGAGAACAUCAGAGAGGGAGGAAGUGAUAACACUACUAUCACUGAUGCAAGGCAGUCCAAGUCACAGAUAAAGGAAACGUUCACUAAUCAGUGAGGCUGUAUGUCAGCAUGACUCACACUGAACUCUGUUUAAGGAGAGCAGGACAGGAAUACGGUCAAGAUUCAAGGUUUUUCCAAAACUUUCACUUAUGUCUCAAAGUCUUCUACCGUAUUAUCACAUGACCCAGAUCUCAUAUAUGGCAUUCAAUGACAGCUUAGUUCUGUCAACAGCAGAUCAGCUGAUAGUGUUUUCCACAGAUUUAGACUUUAUUUAUGGUGUUGUGGAGGGGGGGGAUGUGCAAGUGUGUGCAUUAUUAUGAAAGGAGACACACACACACACACACACUUAGCUUUCCUACAAGAGUUAUGACAUAAUUCUGUGUAUGUGUACUUUGUGGCUCCAAACUCAGCUGCUCUCAGAAUAACUAGUCCUGCGGAUGAACUCCGUCCUGGACUGGAAGUUUUGUUCCUCUGUGUGUUCGGCACCGCAGGCCUGAGCUGGAUUUUAAGUGACAUGAGAGAUAAAGACUGAGUGUUGAUUGUCUGGAUGAACUGCUCCUAAAAUUCUUUUGUAACCACACACAUGCAGAUGCAUUCAGAUCAUGAUCAUGUGUAACUUAAUUAUAAGAAAGCAUAUUGGUGUUAAGGAAAAGCUUGUAAUAGACUCACUGAUGUUUUUCUGAGCAGAUACUUGAAGGCUAAAAAAAACCAAACAAGCAUUCUGAUGAUCUUAUUAUUCCCCACCAGAAAUGUAGAGACACACAGGUUAUCAAUGGGUGUCAGUGGGGAUCAAUAGGAAUAAAGGAUGACGCACACACAGUGUCAUCAGCAAGCAGAUAUGUUGAUGGGCUGAUAUAUUCUGAGAAGUUGAUACAUUAAGGUUUCCAACAGAAACGCCAUGUGAAUAAUGACAAUGUUCUUCAAAGGUCAAAGGGCAGAGUCCAUCAGAGCUUUCACAUAGUUCUUCAAAAACAAGUGUAGUUGUGGGUUGUUGCGUCUCAGGAUGUCUGUAUUGUUUAUGAUGUUGAAGUCAUUCAUUGUGUCUUUUUGACUCUCUGUUAACAAACUAUAGUUUGCAUUUUAUUUCCUGUUUUGAAACAAAGUAAUUAUUCAUUAAUGGAAAUGUCCUGAGCAUUUGCAUUACACAGUACCAUAUCAUGUGGUGGUCACACAUACAUUAAACUACACUGUGAUCUAAUGGUAACAUCAGCUGUGUUUACUAUAGACCACAUGUGAAUACAGUCAGAAUACUUGAAUUUCACUCACUGAAACUUCUUGGAUGGGAUGCAUCUCAGCAGACCUGGUUUCCAACACACAAAGAGCAUGAAGGCAGUAGAGACUCCAGCUCAAAUAAACUCAUAUUCACUGGGGUGAGCAGACACUGACGGGCUGACUCUCUGUGUCAAGCCCCAAAGUUAAGCCUCACCAGUAUCCAAAUAGCAGAGGUAUGAAAGGCUACUCACCCUCCUUAUAGUUGUGGCAGGGUAAAACUAUUCUUUGAGGCCAGUGAACAUGCUUUCUAAUGUGGUUAGCUGGGCAUUGUAACAUGGGAGUCUAAGGGGAAAGAGUCACUCUUGGAGCGAGCUUCAAGUGGCUGUUGGAGGAACUACAAUUUUUGUCAGUUACACGUUUUUAGUCCCAAAUGUGGCAGUUUGUGCAUUACCUGGGAAGCCAAAAGAAGCACCUUAGGUAAUCUGAAGCUCUCUUAAAUGUUUGGAUCACAGUUAUCCCAGGAUGUGACUUUGAAUUUUUUUUUGUUUGGAUGCCUCAAAUAACCUAAAGAUAUUUUGAUCCACACCAUAAAAUCUGAUAACAAACAUCCAUGAUAACAGAAGGAGCAGAAUGCAGCAUAAACUGCAGGCAGGGCACGUUUAUAUUAUCAUAGGCCGUCAGUGAAAAUCCAGUGAGAAAAUCUUAAUCACAAAGCCAUCCCUUUAAAAGAUUCUUAUUGAUGGCUCAUUCAAGUCCCGACACUUUUACCGACUCCUGAAAUGAAGCUGUGGUGCAGCUUUAACCGAGCUGAGCAAACGUUUAGUCCAGCAUGUCUACGAGCAAAGCUGAUAGUUUAUGUCGGCACAACAGAAUAAAGAGGACUUGAGGCAACUUGUUUACUGUGUUGCUUGCAGUCUAAUGCAUGUGGCAUGUGCAUGCAUACUAUCACAUAUUUCGAGGCAUUUGUACAAACUCAUGUAUUCACUUAAGAGAGUGCAUUUCCUUCCUGGAUCUACUAUGAUGAAGAUGAAGACGUGGCUACACACAGGACACUUUGCUGCAUUUCCCAGCUAUGCAAAACUCAUUCAUUGUAAGCCACAUGUUUGGCUUAGCUGGCCUUUAAAUUGAUGGUGAUGUGAACAAUUGUACAAAAUGAUGUUCUCUUUUUGAAUAAAGCUAACUGACUGUCA